ACCACACGGCUGGAGCACAGACACUGAAGCUGACUGGACUCUAUUUGGAGGUUUCUAAUAAUCUGGAAAGGAACCUUGUAAUUCAGCAAACAACCUCCUUCCUGUUGGAUUAGUUUGGGCUUAAUUGGUUUGAUUUGACUUUUGGUGGCAGCAUCUGGGACUACAAGGUGAUACAACUUGAACUUUCUCUGUCCUGUUUGACUUUUGUUCUUUUAUAUUCACUGUGCUGGAACUGUAUUACCCUGUGAAUGCUGAGGUUGGCAGGUGACCCUCAGAAGAGAGGAGGUGAAGUGGUGACCAUGUGGAUCCCGACACCCAGCAUGACUCUCCCUCAGCGGAUGGUGCUGUAUGGGACGUGUGUUGUGGCGUUGAUGAACUCUGUGGGCCUUCUGGUGCUCCUCGUCCAGCAGAAUCAGCAACGUGCCUCGCUGGAGCAGACAGACGCAAGGCUGAUGGAGGUGGAGCAAAGCUCGGUGGUGGAGUUCCUUCAGGAGGUGCCCAGGGGAGCAGCGGGGCUGCGAGCGAAAGUGGAGGAGCAUCCGCAAUACCAGUAUCAAUACCAGUACUCCAGGAACAAGAGAAGUGAAGAGCUGGAAAAGGAGCUACAGCAGGAGCUGCAGGAGCUUCGCCAGGAGGAGGGACAGGAGCUCUAUCUGCAGGAGGUCAGCCAGGAGGUGGGAGAGCAAACAGAGAAGAAGAUGAAGCACAAGCACCGACACAGCCAGAGUUACCACAAGGCGCAUGUGCAGGACGACAUGAUGAUGAUGAUGACUUACUCCAUGGUGCCGAUCAAGCUGUUGAUCGACAUUUGCAACAGCACAAAGGGAGUCUGCAUAGCUGGACCUCCAGGACCGCCUGGUUUGCCUGGCGCUGAUGGUUUGCCCGGCCACAAUGGGACUGAUGGCAUCCCGGGACUGAAUGGACUGCCUGGGGCUGAUGGGAAAAGAGGAAAAAAAGGGCCCGAAGGUGAGAAAGGAGAACCGGGUGAAAAAGGAGAGCGAGGAGAGCCUGGUCCGCCUGGAGAGAAGGGACAACCGUCCAAUGAUGUCAUUAUUGAAGGUCCUCCUGGUCCCCCAGGACCUCCUGGGCCCAUUGGCCCACCUGGACCUCCUGGCCCUCAAGGCCCUCCCAGAACAAGACAUCACAGAGCCCACCUUCAGGCUGCUCAGACCCUGGGGCUGUUACAGGCAAUUCCAAAUGAUGAAACUUCAUCUGCAAAGGAGGCUGUGAAACUACACGAGAAGCCUGUGAAGAAGAAUGAGUGCCUGAUUAAGUCUCUGAUCAACCCCAGGAAUGUGUCAAAGAUGGAGAGCACAUUUGGCUCGUGGAUGAAAGACACCGCUCAGCUGAACGACGAGCGAAUAUGGGUGGCAGAACAUUUCUCUGGCCGUGUGGUGAAGGAGUACAGAAGCAUUGCCUCCUUCCAGAACAACAGCAGUGAUGUUGUGGAUGUUAGAAAGUUCUAUCAGGGCUGCGGACACACUGUUCACAAUGGUUCCUUCUAUUAUCAUAUUGCUGGCACUUCCAGCAUUGCCAGAUUUGAUUUUCAUACCAAGAGGCUUCACACUCUCACUGUAGACAAUGCUUUGUACCACAACCUCGCCUACCUGCUCCACAACUCCAAGACCUACUUCAAACUUGCUGCAGAUGAGAACGGCUUGUGGCUGAUCUUCGCCUCCAGUGUGGAUGAGAGCAUCAUAGUGGCCCAACUGGACCAGAAGACCUUCUCCAUCACGUCCUAUGUAAACACCACCUACCCCCGCACCAAGGCCGGCAACGCCUUCAUUGCUUGUGGUGUCCUGUAUGUCACUGACACCAAGGACACCAGAGUCACCUUUGCUUUUGACCUGCUGAAGGGGAAGCCGGUCAAUGUGACCUUUGACUUGAGGUCUCCGGGUGGAGUGCUGGCAAUGCUCUCCUACAGCCCAAAGGACAGACACCUGUAUGUGUGGGACCACACCUACGUCAGGCUCUAUGUGGUCCAUUUCAUCUCUGAUGAGUGAACAACAGAGCCUGAAGAUGCCAGACAACAUGCAGACAGGCUCCAAACUCCACCUUUGGAAACUGGUCAUAUUUAAGUUUUCAAGAGAGGUGUAGACAUCACAGUCUCAGCUCCAUCGUCCAGUCAAACGAUGUGGUCGGUUGUUAAAAAUCAGUUUCACUCAAGGAAAUGUUUGGUUGUUAAUUAAUGUGAUAUUGUCAUAAAUAAAUACUGCUGUAUUUAUAUCCUAUUCUCAAUGUACAUGUGAGAUUUUGGAGUAACUAACGGUGUGAAUUCUUUUUUUCUCAUUUUGUAUCAAACAGUUCACAAAAUGGAACUUAUUACUCAUCUUUUGUGUCUCUGUGUUGUAAGUUGUUAAAUUAUUUUGUGUGUUUGCAUGGCAAUUAUGUUUUAUGUAUUUUUAUACAGAGGAAAGUCAUCCCCCAGAUAUUCUGUACAUGUAUAGACAGUCCACCUGCCUUUGUAGUGCAGCAACAUGGUCCCUGAUUGCUUAUUCCUCUUCACAGAAAAUGAAAAAUGAAAAAACAAAGAAAAAAAAACCCAAAACAAAAACAAACAAAAAACAAUGCCAAAUCAGCCUGAUGAAAUAAAAAGAAU